CUCUGAGCACCGCGCACUACAACCAUCGAGUGAAUGAAGUCAGCUGACCCUUCCUGGUUGCUGAUUUCUCAUCAUUAUUUUCAGCUGAACGGACUCGACAGAUCGCUGCUUCUCCUCAUCAUUUCAGACACACACUUCUAAGAUGGACUUCUCCAAGCUGCCCAAGAUUCGAGAUGAGGAGCGGGAGGGACAGUUUGGAUAUGUGCACGGAGUGUCCGGACCUGUGGUGACGGCCUCCAGCAUGGCUGGGGCAGCUAUGUACGAGCUGGUGCGUGUGGGCCACAGUGAGCUGGUGGGAGAGAUCAUCCGUUUAGAGGGUGACAUGGCCACUAUUCAGGUGUAUGAGGAAACCUCUGGUGUGUCUGUUGGAGACCCUGUCCUGCGUACAGGGAAGCCCCUCUCUGUCGAGCUGGGACCAGGAAUUAUGGGCUCCAUAUUUGAUGGUAUCCAGCGUCCCCUGAAGGACAUCAAUGACCUGACCAAGAGCAUCUACAUCCCCCGUGGAGUGAACAUUGGUGCUCUGAACCGCGACCUCAAAUGGGAUUUUUCUCCAUCCAAGAGUUUACGAAUUGGAAGUCACAUAACUGGAGGUGAUAUCUAUGGCAUGGUUUUUGAGAACUCUCUGAUUAGGCACAAAAUCAUGCUGCCACCCAGAAGCCGUGGAACAGUGACUUAUGUGGCCCCACCUGGCAACUACGACGUCUCGGAUGUGGUGUUAGAGCUGGAGUUCGAGGGCGUGAAGGAGAAGUUUACAAUGGUGCAGGUGUGGCCUGUACGUCAGGUGCGACCUGUCACUGAAAAGCUGCCAGCAAAUCACCCCCUGCUGACUGGCCAGAGAGUGUUGGAUGCCCUGUUCCCGUGUGUCCAGGGAGGAACCACAGCUAUCCCAGGAGCUUUUGGAUGUGGCAAAACUGUGAUCUCUCAGUCUUUGUCCAAGUACUCCAACAGUGAUGUCAUCAUCUAUGUAGGCUGUGGAGAGCGUGGUAAUGAGAUGUCAGAAGUACUUCGAGAUUUUCCUGAGCUGACUAUGGAGGUGGAUGGCAAAGUGGAAAGCAUCAUGAAGAGAACGGCUCUGGUAGCGAACACCUCCAACAUGCCUGUGGCAGCUAGAGAAGCGUCCAUUUACACAGGAAUCACUCUGUCUGAGUACUUCAGGGACAUGGGUUACAAUGUAAGCAUGAUGGCUGACUCCACUUCUCGAUGGGCUGAGGCUCUCAGGGAGAUUUCUGGACGUCUGGCUGAGAUGCCUGCUGACAGUGGAUACCCUGCCUAUUUGGGAGCUCGUCUGGCAUCGUUUUAUGAGCGUGCUGGCCGAGUGAAAUGUCUUGGUAAUCCAGAGAGAGAAGGCAGUGUGAGCAUAGUGGGCGCUGUGUCGCCCCCUGGUGGAGAUUUCUCAGAUCCUGUGACAUCCGCUACUCUUGGUAUUGUACAGGUGUUCUGGGGUCUAGAUAAGAAACUGGCCCAGAGAAAGCACUUCCCCUCAGUAAACUGGCUGAUUAGCUACAGCAAGUACACACGGGCUCUAGAUGAGUACUAUGACAAGCACUUCCCCGAGUUUGUGCCGCUGCGCACCAAGGCUAAAGAGAUCCUUCAGGAGGAAGAGGACCUGGCUGAGAUUGUACAGCUUGUGGGCAAGGCUUCAUUGGCAGAGACAGAUAAGAUCACAUUAGAAGUUGCUAAGUUGAUCAAGGAUGAUUUCCUGCAGCAGAAUGGUUACACACCUUACGACAGAUUCUGCCCAUUCUACAAGACGGUGGGCAUUCUUUCCAACAUGAUUGCCUUCUACGAUAUGGCCCGGCAUGCAGUGGAGACUACUGCACAGAGUGACAACAAGAUCACCUGGGCCAUGAUCCGCGAGCAUAUGGGAGAAAUCCUGUACAGGAUCAGCUCCAUGAAAUUUAAGGACCCUGUGAAGGAGGGUGAGGCCAAGAUUAAAGCUGACUACUCCCAGCUGCAUGAGGACAUGCAGAAUUCCUUCCGCACGCUGGAGGACUGAGUCCCCCUUUCAGUCCAGUCAUCCCUUGGGGCAGUGCACCUGAACCCAGCUGACCUUCUAUCCCUCUGACUGUCUUGCUCUCUCCACUGCGCGCACACACACAUUCCACUGCUCUGCUCUCCAUUGGUCUUAUGUAGCAGUAGUAUCCUGAAGUGUCUAGCCAUUCCUGCGCAUCCACAGACACUCUUAAUCCUCUUUGUGUGUGUGAGUGUGUGUUUUGGUGUAUUUUCGUACCUGAUAUCCUCUGCACUGCCUCAUUCUCCAGUAUAUAUAUUUUUUUCCAUAUCAUCUUAUCGAUAGAUGUAGAUUUCAUGUAUUCAUUUGGUGUAAUUAUCGUUCCAUUUUUCUCUGUACAGAAGAUCUGAGAGACGUGAAAUACUUAGUGAAACUGAGUUACUAUUUAUUGCCAGCAGUUCUUGUGGUUUCCUGCGUCGUUUGUUGUUUGGUUUUACUGUUUUAAACUGUGUUGUCCGGUGUAUCCGCUGUGUGAUUGGAGCAUUGCACUUCUCUUCUGCACUGCUCAUGUGACAGAGUUUAAGAGCUGAAAGAAUAAAAAUUAUGACCAACU